AUGGUUGGGUUACGAGAGAUCCCAAGGACAGCUACGUUCGCCUGGUCAUCCGGCACAUCUUCACAUUUCCUCGCUACUGGUACCAAGGCCGGGGCAGUUGAUGAGGGGUUUUCCAAUGAGACGCAACUUGAGCUAUGGGACCUGGACCUGGACAGUCCUCAGCAGGGUCGGGAACUGAAACCAGCCGCAAGCAUAAGUACUGACUCGCGAUUUAACGACAUUGCAUGGACGAAUGGGCACGACAAUCAAUCGAGAGGCAUAGUUGCUGGCGCGCUGGAAAAUGGCUCGCUGGAUCUAUGGGAUGCCGACAAGCUUCUCAGUGGGGAUGGGGACGCCUUCAAAUCACGGACGUCAAAACACGGCGGCGCUAUUAAAGCACUACAGUUUAACGCAUUUCGGUCAGAGCUGCUAGCUACUGUGGGAGCUAAAGGCGAGCUGUUCAUUUCCGAUCUUAAUAACGUUGGAAGUCCGUUCCGCAUGGGUAAUGCAGUCGCCAGAGCUGACGACUUCGACUGCCUUGAUUGGAAUAAAAGAACAGCACACAUCUUAGCCACGGGCAGUAGCGGAGGGACAAUGACCGUGUGGGAUGUGAAGAACAAGAGAGAAAGUCUGACCCUGAACAAUCUGGGCCGAAAGCCUGUCAGCGCAAUAGCUUGGGAUCCAGUCAAGACCACCCGGCUUAUCACUGCCAUUCCUAAUGAUACAGAUCCUGUCAUCCUAGUAUGGGAUUUGAGGAACGCGAACGCCCCGGAGCGGGUCCUGCAAGGCCAUGAUGGAGGUGUACUCUCGCUCUCCUGGUGCUCACAAGAUGGUGAUUUGCUGCUCUCUUCUGGAAAAGACAACAGAAACAUUUGCUGGAAUCCUCAAACAGGCGAUUCGUACGGCGAGUUUCCAGUUGUUACCAAUUGGGCAUUCCAAACAAGAUGGAACCCUCACAAUCCUGGUCUUGUUGCUACAGCUUCUUUCGACGGCAGAAUCGCAAUUCAGUCAAUUCAAAGCACCAAACCUGAGGCAGACGGUCCCGCUGGCAGUCACUCACAGACUGUGGACGACGAUGACUUCUUCAGCAAAGCGCAAUCACAGCCCCAAGGCACGAGCUUCAACCUCCAAAAAGCACCCAAAUGGUUACAGAGGCCCUGCGGUGCAUCAUUUGGCUUUGGCGGGAAGGUUGUCAGUUUCAAAGGAAGUGCAUCGGAGACAUCAAAAAGAUCGAUGGUUCGCAUCUCGACUUUUGCAAUUGACGAUGGUAUUGCGUCGUCGACCGAGGCAUUCGAAGCAGCGUUGAAGGAGAAUGAUCUAAGUGGAAUCUGUGAAAUCAGAAUUUCCGAAGCUACAUUUGACGCGGAAAAGGCAGAUUGGAGGGUCAUCAAGACACUGACGUCGAAGAGUCCAAGAAAGGACCUCGUGGACUACCUUGGAUUCUCAAGCCAAGAUGACGAGGUAGCAGAUGGUGUUUCGAAGCUUUCAAUGAAUGGUUCAAAGGAUGAAGACCCUCAAGGGUUGAAAGAACCAUCGGCGUCCAAGUCCAAUCGACUCUCGGCAUUUUUCGAUAACAGCGCUGACGGCGACAGCUUUCUUUCCGAACUUGCAGCCACUAAAGGUGCAAAGACUAAUAAUCCAUUUCAACUGUACUCUGGCUCAGAGUCUGAACCGGAUCAAAGAAUCACGCGAGCACUGCUGCUUGGAGAAUUCGAUAAGGCGUUGGAUGUAUGCUUGCAAGAGGACAGGCUAUCGGAUGCAUUCAUGAUCGCCAUCUGCGGAGGUCAGGAAUGUAUUGACAAGACGCAGAAGGCUUAUUUUAAUCGAAAGGCCGGAGGUCCGAAUUAUCUGCGCCUGUUAGCAUCUGUCGUCGGCAAGAAUCUUUGGGAUUUGGUACACAAUGCAGACUUAUCUAGCUGGAAAGAGAUAAUGGCGACUCUUUGCACGUACGCCGAUAGCAAGGAGUUCCCUGACCUCUGCGAAGCACUCGGAGACAGACUCGAUGAGCAGAUUAAGGUCGAGGGGGACGAUAGCAAUCUUCGAAAAGACGCCUCGUUCUGUUACCUUGCAGGUUCUAAAUUGGAGAAGGUUGUCUCUAUCUGGAUCGCGGAGUUGGAAGAGAACGAGGGCGCAGGACUACAAGAAACGAGCAAAGACUCCCCGUUCUCCGUUCACGCACGUUCGUUGCAAAGUUUUAUUGAAAAGGUCACAAUAUUCCGCAAGGUUACUCAUUAUCGAGACAGCGAUAGAGGGAUAACGUCGGAUUGGAAGCUCGCUUCUCUGUACGACAAAUACAUCGAGUACGCCGAUAUUGCUUCCGCGCAUGGGCAGCUUCAAAUUGCGGAGAGGUACCUUGAACUAUUGCCUAGCAACUAUCCUGCUGCAGAGGUCGCAAAGAGCAGAGUACAGCAAGCUACACACAAAGCCGCACCGGCAUCAGCACCUAAACAGCCUUCGAAUACUGGGCGCGUAACGCAGCGAGUACCACAACUGGAUUUCCAGCAGCAGCAGCAGCAGCCCAGUCUUAUUAGACAACCCGUUGCUUCAAGCAACCCAUACGCACCGGCUUUGUCUGCUCAGCCUCAGAAGCCAUACGCUCCUACCAAUGGUGCGCCAGGCUACAAUGGCUCUGGGGGGUAUCAGCCAGGACAACCGCCGGCGCUGGCACCUGCACCUGCACCCACCUUUUCUUCAUACCAAAAACAGCCUCUCGGGCCUCCUCCACGAAAUCUUAAUGUGUCUCCUCCAAUUCCGCCCCCUUCCAAAGCUCCGAACCUGAGUAAUUGGAACGAUACACCUGAAAGCUUCUUCAAAGCUCCUACUUCCCGACGCGGGACCCCAAGCGUUGGUGCAAAUGCGUCGACAGCCUACCAACCAGCACCGCAGCCUAACACUGGGCUUUCAUUUGGGGCGCCGCCGAGGUCGACACCACUAGUAGGUCCACCGCCCAAAGGACCUGCCCCCCCGCCGUCAGGGAUCUCAUCACCUUCUACGAAUCCAGCUAUAUACCAACAGCCCGAGAGACCCUCAUCUGCUGCAAAUCUUUACGCCCCUCCGCCGUCAUCCUCCAAUCUGCCUGUUCACCAACACCCCAUGAUUCCCCGUGGACCAUCACCGUAUAAUGCUCCACCAUCUGCUCCGCCGCCCAGUAACCGCUAUGCCCCCCUCGCAACCUACGCAACCCGCAGCACCUUUAAAUCCGCAAGAUCCUUCAAUCAGAGUUAUAAUACUCCCUUGCAGAACCCAUCUCAACAGCCGCCUCCAUCAGCUGGCCCCCCACCUAGAUCCACCGCGGCUCCUUCAGGACCACCACAAGCGUCCUCUCAAGGUUCUCGGCCUGGGACUGCUCAACCCCAGGGCAAGUCCGCUCUACCCUCUCCGAAAUACCCCCCUGGAGACCGAAGUCAUAUUCCAUCCAACGCACACCCCGUCUACGAAAUCCUCAAUCAAGAUAUGCAGCGUGUCAAGUCACGAGCACCAUCCUCCUUCAAGGCGCAAGUUAAUGACACGGAGAAGAGGCUUAAUAUACUUUUCGAUCACCUCAACAACGAGGAUCUGCUCAAGGCAGAUACAAUUGCGAAUAUGGCAGAGCUCUCGCAAGCGAUACAGGCCAGGGAAUUUGAGCAAGCACAAGCCAUACAUGUAGAAAUAAUGACGAACAAGACCGAUGAGUGUGGGAACUGGAUGGUUGGAGUGAAGCGCUUGAUCGCCAUGAGCAGAGCGACCCCUUGA